AUGGCCCCUCCACAGUACAUUAUCAAUGCUCAUGUUUUUGGCGAGACAUAUGACAACGAAGAAGUUGGUUUUCUGUUUAGAAACACCGAGGUUAAACGAUUUUGUUUAAGCAGAAAAGCAAAUUUCAGUUACUUCAAAGGGAGAUUAGAGACGAAGCUUGCAAUGGGUGGUGUAUCCCAGAUUUUUUACCAAUAUCAAUUUCUUCGUGGGGACAACUCGGUCAAGUUUAUCCAAGUUGAGAUCAAAGACGAUGAAGACAUGCAGAAUAUGUUUGCCAAUCAUGAGUAUUCUGGUUACGACUGCAUAGAAUUGUAUGUUACUCUACCAGAAGUUGAACCCACACAAAUGGUUGAGUCACAAGUCAUUGAUACACUUGGAGACGAGCAAGCAGAGGUCGGCGUUGUAGAUGAAGAAGAAGAAGCACCGGAAAUAGAAGUUGAUAACUUGGUCAACGAGGAAAGUGAAGAUGAACCGGAAGUUGUUGUACCACGAGAUCAAGUGCAUAUGCCUCCAGCGCACAUGAGGAACUUGAAUUUUGAAGGGGAUGACGAACCAUCGACUGAUAUUUUCUAUGAUCCAUACACUCAAACAGAUCAACGGUUAAAAGUAGGAGACAGAUUUCGGUCUAAGGAGGCAUGUAUCAUGGCCAUAAAAAGAUUUCAUAUGGCAAACAAUGUUGAUUUUAGAGUUGAUCGCGCCAAUGUCGAAAGGUACAAAAUUUAUUGUGGAAACACUGAUUGUGGAUUCAGGUUGCAUGCAUCAUACAGGAAGAGAAGUGAUUCAUGGGUUAUAGGAUAUAUUUCCCAAGAUCACACAUGUGUUAACACAAAUGUUUCACAAGAUCACCGUAAGCUAAGUUAUGACAUUAUUUGUCAAGAAAUCUUGCCUCUAGUUGAAAAAGAUCCAUCGUUAAAGGUGAAAACGAUAAUCUUUCAUAUCGUUGCAACAUACAACUACACUCCGUCUUAUAGAAAGGCGUGGCUGGCGAGACCAAAGCGAUCGAAGUUGUGUAUGGAAAUUGGGAGGAUUCGUACAAACGACUCCCACAUUUCUUAUAUGCGCUUCAAAUUUUUGCUCCUGGAACCGUUACUAUUUUAG